GAUACGUACGAAUGAGCGCUUCUGCUCGCAUUUAAAUUCGGAAGACGGUUAUUUUUGUCAUGUAAAUAUAAUUUGCAACGACGUGACGGAAAUCGAGUUUCUUCACGCGAUAACGUUCUCAUAAUAACGAACGCUCCCUCGACGAACGUUACGAAAUUUGUGAAACAAACAAGAUAUUCUUGAAACAUUACUUACAAUUGAUCGUUAUUUAUUUUUAGUGCAAGUUGGUGAUGUUGAACAUCACGAAUUUAUUUUUUGUUGUUUAAUUGAAUCUAGUCGUAAAUUCGACAAAAAAACAUCUGUGGGAUUUAUCUACUGUGUCAAAUUGGUAGAAGAUAAUUAGUUGAAGACAUAAUGCAGUUCAUUAUGAAUUCCAAGUUCCUGCUGCUGAUGUUUAUCAUGUUGUUUUGUUGUAAAAUUGGAAGUACAUCGAUACUGGAUUGGAUGUGGCAGUCAAAAACAGAUGAUACCACAGUUAUAGUUGCCGAUGGUGUGCCUCUGGUCUCAAUUCCCUACGAAUCAAUGACAGAGGAUGAGAAAUUUUUGCAAGAAGCUGCUAAAUUUACAAAUAUUCAAGUGUCCUCUCCUUUGGAAAUUUGCCAGCAUAAGGUGAUCAUGAAAAUCAAAACCUCCUGUUCUGAUAUGACAGAAGAAGAGUUAGCUAAGCUAAGUGUCAAUCUUCUCAAUUGCCAGUCAGCAGUUGAGGGCAGGAAAGUAUUUCCUUGCACUGAAGAAAUGUCACUUAAACAAUGCACAACGGACAUGGAUGCCGACAUGUGGAAUGCUUAUCAUUUAAUGAGUAACAGAGCUAGGGCAGUUUGUUACGCGGCUCGAAGUACACAAUUUCGUGCUCUUACAGAGUUGACAGUUAACAAACUGAUGCAGUCUGCACAUUCUCAAAUUGAGGCAUUGAGCUCGUUGAAACAAAGUCAGGAUCGUUUGGAGGAACAAACAGCAGAGGCUCUGUCCUCGUUGUCCGAAGGAAACAAGGUACUCUUGGAACAACAGAGUUAUCUUAAGGACGCACAGUCAACAGCUCACAACAUAAUAACAACAAAUCUACGAGAAUUGAACAAUGAGAAGGCAUUAAUACGAUCCGGGCACGCUCAGCUCGCAACUAUGGCGGAAGAUAUAAAGAAAAAACUAGAAAAAGCACAUCAAGAUCUCGAGGAGCAGGCGAUGGAGCGUGGGGAAAAUCAUCGGGAGUUGCUGCAAGAUUUGAUGAGAAUACAAGAACAAUCGCAAGCGAUAUGGGAGAAGAUCGAAUCGAGCACUAAUCGCAUAUUGGAGCAACACGAGGAAACCAUUGAAAAAUAUGAGGAAACGUUUCAGAAACUUGAACAGAUUAACAAUACCAUUCAGUACAUUUGGGAUCUCACCAACGUGAUGCGCACAGAAGUGGAUCAGAAGUUGGCAUGGAUCGCCGCCUACAUCGGCGAUACCGGCGAACAAAUGCAGAGAAUGUAUCGCGUAUCUUUACACGUUGUAUACAUAUUGAUAGCGAUGAUAGUUGCCGCGUUUUUACAAGCGCCACUUUUGACCAGAGUCACCAUCAUGAGCAUCGUACCGAUCAAUGUCGCAACCUACUUAAAGCACGGCCUGGAAGCUUGUCUGGAUUUUACUUCUAUGACAGUAUUGAUAUUCUUGAUCACCGCAAUGCAUUACACAAUGAUGGGAAUACAACGCGCGUUUCGGUCGAGAGGUCAACAGAAAACGACGACAGAACCGGUUAAGAUAGUUCAUCAAAACGGACAUUCGAACGGAGAUGCGUACAAAUACACCUCGUCGUCGUAUUCCAAUUCCGCUUCGAUGCGACUGCACAAAAAAGUGAUAACAAAAGUACAGGAACUCUACAAUCUCAUUAUUUCGCAAAUAAACCGCUGCACAGAAAAAAUCAGUGCCUUGAUGAGAUCGAUCGUGUCGUGGGGUCAGUACAGUCUGAGCGCGCACGAAGAGCUUUCCUGUUCCUACUUGCCGUCGAAGAAGCACGACGAGGUCAUUUACACGUACGAAGAAGCAACUCCGAGUACGAUGUCGGAUUCGACGCAACGUGAUUCUUACAAUUCAAAGACAAUGGAGGAAGACGACGAGGAAGAAAAUGACAUAAACAACAUAGUGGACGUAUUCGAACUAAAACGUCGCAUGCGUAAGGAUACGUCGCGUUCCCGAAGCAAUACUCCGUUUACAUCGCCGAAGGUUCCUUGCAUGGGUAUUACGCGAGCUGGCAAAAGGUGUCGGUCAUUUACUUCAGCCGGACAAUUCUACUGUUAUCGUCAUGCUACUGGCACGUCCAUUAUUGGUGACAAUUACGAGAAUUGAAACGCGCGAAUAUAGUUUUUUUUUUACUGAAAGUUUAGUAAACUUCACUUCGCCGACGAGUAAAAAAAAGAGUUAGUUUAGUUUUAGCUAGUUUAGUUUUUUUUUCUUAAGUAAGUUUGGUUUUAAAUGUACAGUCGAAUUAUUGUUAGAAAAACACGUAGUUUUCUUUUUACAUAUGGAUUUUAGCGCGCAAGCGAUUUAUUCAAACGCAGCUGUAGAAUAAAUUUCCUCUUCAGGGUCCAUUACGAUAGUUACAAUUCAAUCGGUGAGCGAUACUGUGUAUCGUUCGUUAUUUUAUUGCGACUUGCAAGGUAAGAUAAACUCGAGAUCUUGAUAUAAAAUAUCAACAAAAAAAAUUUAGAUCAUGAUAUUUUAUACAAAUGAUGCAAAUGUUUUGACAAAAUUUUAGUAUUGAUUUAAUGUAACUACACUGUAUAUGUAUAUAUAAUUCGUAGUUUUUAAAUUGCGUUUUAAAUAUUUGUUCAGUGGUAGGGGAAAGUCGUACGUAAAAGUAAAAACGUUUAUAUAAAAAUAAAAUUGUAUCAUUGUUUAUAUUUUUGUGUUACUUAUAAAAAAAAUUUGUAUUUUCCAGAGACACAGGCUCUAAUUAUCAUAUACUUUCUUUGUAGUAGAAAAAAAAAUUUUUUUUUUUUUUGCGCUUGUACAGCGCGCGUGUAAAUGAUAAAAUAGUUUAAUAAAUACGAUACGUGUGUGUGUGUACGAUAUACAAUGUAAUAUUUUUCGAACACAUCGAAGAGUACAAACUUGAUAUAAUGAAUUGUUCUGUAACGCACGUGUACUUGAAACUUUAUAACGUGAUAAAAAUACAAAUCUACGUUUAUACUAUCUGCAACAUUGUGCGAGAAAUUCUUUUAGAAAUAUCACAAGCGAGUGAGAUAUGUGUGUGUUUCCUUUCUUCAUUCACAGAUUGCCAUGUUGAAUUGCGUGCACACAGCGUCGCUUGUCAGUUCCAGAAAGUUUGUAUGAGUAUUCAGACCGGCGCCUACCACCAAAUUGUGCAGAUUGCAGUAAUUUGCGCCGUGGUCAAAUAGUAUAAACCAUGC